GAGUGCUCUGCGAACUAUGUGUGGCUACGGCCGCUUGUUGAGGCCUACCCUGAGCAGUGUCCAAGCGGGUUCUUCUUGGUCGAUGCGCUCUUGGAGAUGGACCGGCGCUUUGAUGGGAAGCUCUUAGUGCUCCCGCCUGUGAAUGGGCGCAUGGUUGAUACCCCCAAUGACCAAAAGCUCGAGAUGGCCACAACAGAGGAGAACCUCGAGGAGGAGGAGGAGGAGGAGUCUGAUGAGGGCCCAGCUGAUGAGGGCCCGGCUGAUGAGCGCUCAGCUGAUGACUCUGAUGAUCAGGAGCCUGAGGAGCAUGAGUCUGAGUCUGAGGAGAACAAGUCCCAUGCAGAGUCAGAGACAGAUGAGCCCAUGUCUGAUGUCAGCUCGCAAGCUACUUUGGCUUUGGAUGGGGAUGGGGAUGUGGAGCCUCUUGCUCGCAAGCUUUUCCGCAAACGCAGCUGUGUGGAUGUUGUUCAGGAGUCCAUGAAGGACGCCGAGGUGAAGCCCAAGACCAAACGGCCAUCCUCUUCGACCAAGAAGCACAACAAAUCGAAGAAGAAUGGGAAGGCCAAGGCGUCCUUCAAGCGUGGCAGCAAGCCAAGCGGGAAGUCCAGCAAGAUCAAGGACUCCAGGGUUUUCUUUCCUUUUGGUUGGAAUGGGGUGGUCGCCAAUCCCAAAGUAUAUGGUGGUUUCCAACCCACAGUUGUUGGUCUCCAAUUUCACAAACAACUCCUUGAGGAGGGUGAAUCUGGGGAGAAAUUCUAUGGCGCCUAUUCCUUGACAGGGAUCCCUGUCGCUGCAAUGCCAGACCCGGAGAAACAACAUCGAGGAGAACACUCGUACACGGUCGCUGCAAUGGUGAACACGGCAGAGGGGCCUAGUGAGAUUUUGGUCGAUGUUUUGCUUCGGGAUAAAGCUUUCUACAUUAAGAAGGCUCCAGGUGGAAGCGGCCAAAUCUCAUGGAAGAAACAUGGCGGUCCUGGAAAUGCCUGGGCCAUGACCUUGGAGCAGGCUGCAAUUGGCAAGCCUGCAGCCAACCGGUGA